AUGGGCCAAGCCGCUACCCUGCCUUGCCGGAGAGGGGGGUCUUAUGUUACUGAGCUGUACGAAUGGUUCAGAAAGUUUAUUAAUGAAUGUCCAAGUGGGCUGAUCACUCUACAUGAGUUUCAAAGGCAUUUCUGCAGUGGAACAGUGGGCAGUGAGUCAGCUGAGUAUGCAGAACAAAUAUUCCGCACAUUGGACAAUAAUGGGGACGGGGUGGUUGAUUUCAGGGAGUACGUCAUGGCCAUCAGCAUGCUUAUUGAAGGUUCGGCUGUGGAGAAGCUGCGCUGGUCGUUUAAACUCUAUGACAAAGAUGGAGACGGAGCCAUUGCAAGGGAGGAAAUGCUGGAGAUUAUGCAGGCUGUGUAUAAGAUGAGUGUAGCAGCUGCUUUAACGAAACCCAACCCACUUACAGCUGAAGAAUGUACAAACAGGAUAUUCGUGCGAUUAGAUAAAGACAAUAACGCCAUCAUCACUCUGGAGGAGUUCAUAGAGGGAGCGCUGGAUGAUGAUUGGAUCAGGGAGAUGUUGGAAUGUGACCCCACCACUGUGAAGGUGGAGAGGCCCCUGAGGAGGGACACCGCUUUGGGGACCCAUGGUUGACCCCAAGUUUGGUAUUCUGUUCACUGGGAUAUUAACCAGUUGAUGUUUCAAUUAAAAUAUCCAAGAAAUGUUCCAGCAACACUUCCAUUGUCCAAUGACAUAUUAUAUCACAGUGACAUAGAGGUAGAGAGCACUGGUAAAUUUAGAUAUUGUUUUCAUAAUAUGAAAAGCAUUCCUUUCUGCAUUGUUGUUUUGUUUUGUCUCAUUUUUCUCCCGUGACUUGGACCAGUUGUUUUGUGGAUAUUUCUCCAUUUGUUGCAUUAUUGGAUGUAGUUUUGAUUAUUUCUGGCUUUCUGUUUUUGAUUGCAUCUCCUUAAAGAAUAAAUCAUGGCUAUGAGACAAAAUAAAUUGUACUUGUCUUUCUCAUUUACAUUAUUAGAUAUCCAUUUGGAUACCUU